UUUUUUUUGGAUGGCCGUUUAAAUUUGUAUUUCAUGUUUACUUACUUAUUUUAUUUUUCCCUUGAAUCUUUAAUUUAUUUCAUUUCUUAAAUGUAAGCCUUUGUCUAUAAUUAUCGCUCAAGUACGUAUGUACGCCAUACAUCGCACCUUUAAACCGACUUCGGCCUACGCAGACUACGGCAACACCGAGCUUUCCUGAAGAGCUUUAAGCCCUUGCUAAGAUUCUUCCCCGACUGGAAACCAAUACUCAACUCGCCGUUCUAAUUAGGGAAUUUCCGAACGGCGCAGGGGACUUGCAUAUAAAGGUGCUGUAAUGUCGGAGGAAGCCGGCCGUCAGACCCGCAGUCAGAAACGGGCUCUGGAGCGGGACUCCCUCCCUAGUGAGGUGGAUGUGAAAAAGAUGAGGCUGGAAAAGGGCACGGACCAUCUGAAGAGUGAUGGGAUCACAUCACCUGAUGGAAAAGUUAAGAGUGAAAUGGGGACUGCAGCUGUUACCAAGGUGCCAGGUAUCUUCAAGGGUGGGGAAGUCAAAGCCACCAUCAAACUGGAAGUGCAGACUGGAGAUGAACCUGUGGAUAUGAGUACAGCAAAAAGCGAAAUCAAGAAAGAUCGUCGCGCGCCUUCACCAGAUGUAAUUGUCCUGUCUGACAAUGAGCCCUCUAGUCCAAAGAUGAAUGGUUUGAGUAGGUUUUCUAAAGAGACCAACACUGAAGCACUCAUGAAAAGCAGCCCAGAAGAAAGAGAGCGUAUCAUCAAACAAUUGAAAGAAGAACUACGGUUAGAGGAAGCAAAGCUGGUUUUGCUGAAGAAGUUACGGCAGAGUCAGAUCCAAAAAGAGACGACAACGCAAAAGACCACUGGAGCAUCAAGCAACUCUGUGGCAACUCCACCUCCUUUGGUAAGGGGAACUCAGAGUCUUGCUCCUGGCAAAGGUAUAUUACCGGUGUCAUCUAAUCGCAGCUCAGGUACAGUGAUCCCACCACCCUUGGUGAGAGGAGGUCAGCCAGUGUCCUCUAAGCUGGGAUCCCAGCAGAAUACACAAAUUGUCAUGCCACCCUUGGUCAGAGGAGCACCGCCCAUUUCUGUGUCUCCACAGCAAAUACACGGCUUGAGGCAGCAGCCUUCUGGCUCUGGUCCUCCUCCACUGCUUUUGGCACCACGGGCAUCAGUUCCUAAUGUGCAACUGCAAGGUCAGAGGAUUAUCCAGCAGGGGCUUAUCAGAGUUGCCAAUGUAUCCAAUACCAGCCUGCUGGUAAACAUUCCACAGGCUUCUCCAACCAACCUGAAGAGCCCUUCUUUAACAUCUCAAAGCAGUGUAACAGGCAGUAGCGUGACCUCGGUGGUAAACAGCAAUGACUCUCCUGCUAGCCGGCAGGCUGCUGCCAAGCUAGCACUGCGCAAGCAGCUGGAGAAAACCUUGUUGGAAAUUCCGCCACCCAAACCUCCAGCACCAGAACUUAACUUCUUGCCCAGUGCCGCUAACAAUGAAUUUAUUUACCUGGUGGGACUGGAAGAGGUGGUGCAAAACCUACUAGAAACGCAAGGAAAAGGUAAGGUGGCUGUAACAGCAGCUGGAGUGCUGACUCUUAAGGACCCUUAUACCUGUGCCCAGUGCAAGACUGAUUUCACAUGCCGUUGGAGACAGGAGAAAUCUGGCACUAUUAUGUGUGAGCACUGCAUGACCUCAAACCAGAAGAAGGCUCUCAAAGCUGAGCACACAAACCGACUGAAGGCUGCCUUUGUCAAGGCCCUUCAGCAGGAGCAGGAAAUUGAGCAGCGGAUACUGCGAUCGGCCUCCCCCAUCCCCACGUCAUCAUCCUCUGCCAAGACCUCUGAGCAGCAGACGCUGGUCUCGUCACAGCAGGUGCAGCACCACACUGCGAUCAAACAGGUACGGACCACCGGCCUGCCUCACAGCAGGGGGGGGCCAAUUGGACGGCAUCACUCCACCAUGAAACAGAGCCCUAACCAGCUGCCCCGGGGCCUUCAAUCAGCAGGCGCACGCGGCGUGCUACACACAUUUUCACAGUCUUCACAGCUCCAAAGUGCAGCAGCAGCAGCUGCUCUUGUGACCAGGCCAGGUAAGCAUGCCGUGCGUCCCGGGAGCAAAGCCAACACCAGCACUGCAGCCAACACCUGGAAGAAGCAAAGCCCCCUCAACACAGGUGUCACUAUGGCAUAUGUAAACCCUAGCCUAUCAGUGCACAAGCCCUCAUCAGCCAUGGACCGUCAGCGUGAGUACCUCCUGGACAUGAUUCCAUCUCGUUCCAUCAGCCAAACGGCAAACACAUGGAAAUCUUAAUGAUUCUAUUUAAAAACAACAAUGAGAAUUUCCCUUCUCCCUGCUGCCGAUGCCACCACCUUGGAAGCAAGUUACCAGAUGGCGCUGAAGGGCUUAGGAGGACUGAGCUGCGCUCAUUGUGGCUGUACUGGCCUAAUACAGUGGUGGGAAGCUGAUUUAAUGCACCUUUCCUGUUGGGCUGUCUUGAUUUGCUUUCAGAGCAAGAGACUAUAUUCUGUUCAUCCCCAUCUCUUCUGACUUGACUGUUGCAGCUCAAUGCAGGAAUUGUCUCCCAUUACCUAAACUGGGAAGAGGGAAAUGUGUUGUGUAAUUUUAUUGAACAUGGACAUGUGUGUACACUUGAGCAACAGAUGGACGCGGGUUGCUGGGCGGGUGAAUUGUGGGCAUAUGUGUUUUUGAGUUCCAGAGGGAGAGACUGGACUUGACUAUUUGUACCUUUUUACGCUUCCUAAAUUUUCCCCCAUCCCCCAAAAUCAAGUCAGUGCUUAAUCUUAAUCGGCAGAAACAGUGGUUUUCAGGAGACGGAGACAAGGAAUGGGCACCCGCACCUGGGAAAUUUGAAAUUCAGUAAGAAAGUGCUGUUAUUUCAAGAAUCUUCUUGGUUCAUUGUAGGUUCUUCCACUCGGGGGCACAAUGCUGCUACUUCAAAGGUGGGCUGCCAGCAGAGACUUGGAAAUAAUUGAGUGCCUUCUGAGUUUCCUGCGGGGGUUUAUCCUUCUCCUUCAUUAACUUUCCAGAAUAACUUAUGCUUAAGCACACCCAGAAUCCCCCUGUUGGUGUGUCCUGGGGAGUUCUGCAACAUCCCCUAGUAUGGCCUUCUUGAAUGUUGAGAUCUUGCACCAAGCCUCAGCACUACGUUAUGUGAAACUUCACCCUGCCAAUAACUGACUUUGGCUUUUUGUGUAAAGAUGAAUCUUUUCUGCUGUUUUUCAUUUCUUCCUCGUUAACUCAUUCGGCCGUUAAUUACAUCAUUAUUGUUUAUGCCAAUGUUGCCAGCACAAAGCUGGAUCAGUGACUGUUCUCUGUAGACUGGCAGGUAGUCAUGGGCAGUUGCCUUUUGGUUGUAAGUUGGGCAAGAAACUGAAUGCCUUUUCAGUGUUCAGUUUUCAAUAAUAAAACUAACUCUGUCCUCCCUUCCCCGA